AUGAAAUCUCGUAAUGGGUUUUUGCUUUUAUUGAUCAUUGCUUUAGGCAUUCUUCAAUCAGUCCAAGCUCAAGAUCAAUCAGGAUUCAUCAGCUUAGAUUGUGGAUUAAUCCCUAAGAACGCAACCUAUACGGAGAAGACAACGAAUAUAACAUACAUAUCAGACACGAAUUAUAUCGACAGUGGAUUAAUUGGGAAGAUCAAAGAAUCAUACACGACACUGUUUCAGCAACAGACUUGGACCUUAAGAAGCUUCCCUGAAGGUCAGAGAAACUGUUACAACUUCAACCUCACAGCGCAUAGCAAAUAUUUGAUUAGAGGAACUUUUGUGUAUGGGAACUACGACGGUUUGAAUCAAAUCCCUAAGUUUGAUCUUCACAUUGGUCCUAACAAAUGGACUUCUGUUAUAUUGGAAGGAGUAGCAAAUGCUUCGAUCUACGAGAUGAUCCAUGCUCUAACACAAGACCGGCUUCAAGUUUGUCUUGUCAAAACAGGAAAAACGACACCGUUUAUAUCAUCGUUGGAACUUCGUCCGUUGAACAAUGAUACUUACGUCACUCAAAGUGGAUCGUUGAUGUCGUUCGCGAGAAUUUACUUUCCACACACUCCAUCGUUUCUCAGGUAUGAUGAAGAUUUCCAUGACCGAGUUUGGGUUCCAUUUAGAGAGAAUGAAACGGUGUCGUUAAGCACCGAUCUUCUGGUCGAUACAAAGAGCAAUGCCUACAAUGUACCUCAAAAUGUGGCAAACUCCGCAAUUAUUCCUGCAAAUGCUACUCACCCUCUCAACAUAUGGUGGGAUCUAGGCGACAUCAAUGCAAAAUCAUAUAUAUACAUGCAUUUUGCAGAAAUCCAGAAUCUUCGUUCUUAUGAGAUCAGAGAAUUCAACAUUACUUUCAAUGGUGACCAGGUUUGGGAAAAUCUCUUUAGACCUCGCAAACUGAACGUCACAACAAUCUUUAGUCCAACAGCUUUGAGUUCUUCAGAUGGGAAAUUCAGUUUCACUUUUACAAUGACCGAAAACUCUACUCUUCCUCCACUUAUCAAUGCGCUUGAGGUUUAUACAGUUGUUGAAAAUUCAUUGCUCGAAACAUACCAAGAUGAAGUUUCUGCAAUGCUGAACAUCAAGAAAACAUAUGGAUUGAGCAAAAAGAUAAGUUGGCAAGGAGAUCCAUGUUCUCCUCAAAUAUAUCGAUGGGAAGGUGUAAAUUGCCUUUAUUUGGACUCUGAUCAACCUCUGAUCAUAUCCUUGAAUUUGACAGCGAGUGGAUUGAACGGUACCAUAACACCUGAUGUAGCUAAUCUUAUACAACUGAGAGAUCUAGAUUUAUCAAAUAAUGAUUUAUCAGGAGAGAUUCCAGAUUUUCUUGCUGAUAUGAAGAUGUUGACACUCGUAAACUUAAGUGGUAACCCCAAGCUCAAUCUCACAAUUCCAGAUUCUCUUCAGAAAAGGAUAAAGAACAAAUCUCUAACACUAAUUAUAGAUGAAAAACCGGGUAGAGAGUUUCCUUUGGUUGCUAUCGCAGAAUCUGUGGCUGGUGUGAUCGCUUUACUAGCUAUUUUCACCAUAUGUUUCAUUGUUGCAAGGAAAAGAAAGAGAAGUAGUGAAGCUCCUAGUAGCGUAAAUAGUGAGAAAAGAUCAUCCAAUCAAUCAAUCGGAACAAAGGAGCGGAGAUUCACGUAUUCUGAGAUACUAAAGAUGACAAAUAACUUUGAGAGAGUUCUUGGUAAAGGAGGCUAUGGAAGAGUGUAUCAUGGAAACUUAACUGAUACUCAAGUAGCUGUGAAAAUGCUCUUUCAUUCAUCAGCUGAUCAUAAUUAUAAACAUUUCAAAGCAGAGGUAGAACUUCUUUUAAGAGUUCAUCACAGACAUUUGGUGGGACUUGUGGGUUACUGUGAUGAUGGAGAUAACUUGGCUUUGAUUUAUGAGUACAUGGCAAAUGGAGACUUGAAGGAGAAUAUGUCAGGCAAACGCGGUGGACAUGUUCUAACUUGGGAAAACAGAAUGCAAAUAGCAAUGGAGGCAGCACAAGGACUGGAAUAUCUACACAAUGGAAGUAUACCUCCUAUGGUCCAUAGAGAUGUGAAAACUACUAACAUAUUGUUGAAUGAGCAGUUUCAAGCAAAACUAGCCGAUUUUGGGCUCUCUAGAUCUUCCCCGGUCGAUGGUGAAUCAUAUGUAUCAACAGCCGUUGCAGGAACGCCUGGUUACUUAGACCCUGAGUACUAUAGAACAAACUUGCUAAGCGAGAAGAGUGAUGUUUACAGCUUUGGUGUAGUUCUAUUAGAGAUCAUCACAAACCAGCCUGUAAUUGAUACAAACCGAGAGAAAUCUCACAUUACAGCAUGGGUUGGAUUCAUGCUCAUGGAAGGAGACAUUAGGAAAAUUAUUGACCCGAAACUGAUGGGAGAUUUUGAUACAAACGGUGUGUGGAAGGCUGUGGAGUUGGCUAUGGCUUGUGUAAACUAUACCUCGAAUCGUAGACCGACAAUGCCAUAUGUUUUGAUGGAGCUAAAAGAGUGUUUGGAGUCUGAAAUUGCAAGGAAACAAGGGAGUCGAGUGAUUUAUUCAAAUUCUAUUGAGGUUAGCUUAUCUCCUGAUUCUGGAUUCUCACCUGGACCGAGGUGA